UCACUACUUUGAGAUGUCGAUAUUUAUGAUCAUUUUAACAUUAUUACUAUUGAUCAUAUUUUAUUAUACCAAUCGUAAGAAACAUCGAUUACCACCGGGACCAUUAGGUCUACCAAUAGUAGGUUAUUUGCCAUGGUUGAAUCCAAAAGCUCCCCAUCAAACGCUCACCCAACUGACCAGAAAAUAUGGGCCAAUUUGCGGAUUGAAAAUGGGAUCCGUUUAUACGGUUUUAUUAUCGGAUCCUCGAUUGAUACGACAGGUACUUGCUAAGGGUACCUUUUCUGGAAGAGCACCAUUAUAUUUGACUCAUGGAAUAAUGCGUGGUUAUGGUUUGAUUUGCGCCGAGGGUGAACUUUGGAAAGAUCAAAGGAGGUUCGUUGCAGGAUGCUUGAAAAAUCUUGGAAUGGUCAAAUUCGGAUUGAAAAGGGAUAAAAUGGAAGGAAGAAUUCUCGCAGUCGUAAAUGAAUGCAUUUCGAAAUUGAAGGAUCGAUCUACGAAAGAUGGUUUCGAUCCGAACGAGACGUUGCAUCAUUGCGUAGGAAAUUUGAUGAACGAUCUCGUGUUCGGUAAAACUUACGACGAGGACGAUCGUGUUUGGACGUGGCUACGAAAAUUACAAGAGGAAGGAGUUAAACACAUUGGCGUUGCGGGACCAUUAAAUUUUUUACCAUUUCUUAGAUUUUUGCCUCAAUAUGGUAAAACGAUGUACAAUUUGAUCGAUGGCAAAGUACAAACUCAUCAAAUUUAUCAAAAAAUUAUCGAAGAACAUCGAUCAAAUCCCAUUAACAACGAUAGCCUUUUAUCCGCAUUCAACGAUGAAAUGACGAACAGAAUGAUGGAAUCGAACAACCUUGGAUAUUUUACCGAACAACAAUAUUAUCAUUUGCUCGCUGACAUUUUCGGUGCAGGAACUGAUACAACCUUGACUACUCUACGUUGGUUUCUUCUUUUCGUAGCUGCCUAUCCGCAGGAACAGGAAAAGAUUCGUCGAGAGAUGCAACAGGUGUUAUCGGAUAAAGAACCAACAUUGGAGGAUAGAUUUAUUUUGACGCGUUUAGAAGCAACAAUAGCGGAAGUACAAAGGCUUAGAAGUGUUGUUCCAGUUGGUAUACCUCACGGAACUAUCGAGGAUACCCAAAUAGGUGAAUAUGAUAUUCCAAAAGGUACAAUGAUUGUACCAUUGCAAUGGUCCAUUCAUACAAAUCCAUCUUAUUGGAAAGAUCCUUUAGAUUUCAAACCUGACAGAUUCAUUGCCGAUGAUGGUAGCCUCGCUAAACCGGAAGCAUUCUUGCCUUUCCAAACUGGAAAACGUAGCUGCGUUGGAGACGAAUUAGCAAAAAUGAUUUUGUUCUUAUUCUCAGCAAGGAUUCUUCAUCGAUUCGUUAUUUCGAUUCCACCAAACAUUUCUUCGAUUGAUCUUGAAGGAGAAUGUGGUAUCACUUUAAUUCCAAAACCUCAUCGUUUGGUUUUUACUCUUCGUGAAAAUCUUUCCAAUUAAUUUGUAGUUUUCUAUUAUUAUAUUUUUCUAUAACAA